AUGUGGCGAGGGGGUGGAGGAGGGGGCGGAGGCCCGAGGUCCCGCUCCCCGCCAGACGACCGGCUCUCCAAGCGGCAGCGUCGCGCGCGGAGCCGGAGCCGCAGCCCGGGCGGCGACGGCGAGGGCGGCGCGUUGCGUCACUUCCAGGAGCACAGCGCAAAGCCGGGCUUCAAGAAGCUGCACCACCCGGAGCGGGUCGCGGAGGAGCUGCUCGCCUUCCGCGAGGCCGCGCGCCGCAGCCUCCGCCAGCUGGUCGCCGAGCUCAAGCAGGGCUCGCUGCUCGGCCCGAGACUCGCGGCCGCGCCCUCCAGCGCUCUCGGCGCAAACGGCGAGAAGCGGCGGUCAGAGGCGGAGAACGGGGAGGCGGAUGAGUCGGGUGGCGACGGCGAGGCCCUCCCUGACGCGGCGCCUCCCGCCGCCGAGGACGGCGGCGCGCCGCUCCAGCUCCGCCCCGCCGCGCCGGCCGUCGGCAGCGUCGUGGUGGACGGCUUGACGCCGGGCUCGCUGACUCCGAUGCUGCCGGCGCUGUACUCCGCCCUCGCGGGGGGGGGGGAGGGCGCGGCCGCCGAGGGGAGCGGCCUCACCGCCAUCGCCGCGGCGGAGCCGAUCGGAGCCGAUCGCGACGGAAGCGGCGAGGGCGCCGGCUCGCUCAAGCUGCGGCUGUGGGCGGGGUACGCGUCGGGAGGCGCGGCGAGGGCGGCGGCGAGGGCGGCGCAGGAGCUGCCUCAGCUGGCGGAGCUGGCGCCGAGGGCGGCGCUCGUCAAGGCGGUCGAGCGCGUGCCGCCCCUGCUGCGCACCGCCCUCCCCCCGCAGCGGUCGGCCGCGGCGCUGCUGCCGCCGCUGCGAGAGCUCUGCGCGGCACUCGCGGCUCGGGCGGCGCUUCCGACGGCGGAGGAGGCGGCGGAGGAGGCGAUCGGGCGCGAGGCGGUCGAGGCGCUGCCGUGCGAGUCUCGCCUCCACCUCCUCCUCCUCUACCUUCGCCGCGUCCUCGCCUUUGACGCGCUCGGCCAGCAGGACAAGGAGACUGCUGCGGCGGCGGUCGCGGCGGGCGAGGCCUUCUACUCCGCCAACUGCCUCCAGAUCGAGGAGGGGAAGCACGCGUCCAAGCUCGACGCCGAGGUUGCGGCCGCCUUCGAGCCAAAGUUCAAGGCCUACUUCCUUGCCGCUGACGCACGCGUCUCGGCGCUGCGCGCGCUCGAGCCGCUCCGCGAGCCGCCCUCGCCGCCCUCGCCUCGCGCGCCUCGCUUCGACGAGCGGCGCGGAGGAGGAGGCCGCCUCUCGGACGAGCGCCGCUCCGGAGGCGACGACCGGCGCGGAGGCGGCGACGACCGGCGCGGAGGCGGCGGAGGAAAGGGCGGAGGCGGAGGCGGUGGCGGCGGCGGGCGCGACCGGGAUUGCUUCAACUGCGGCCAGUCCGGGCACCUUGCCCGGGACUGCCCCAACCCGCGCCCGGGGCGCGGCGUGGGAGGCUCGGCGGCGCCGCGCCCGCCGCCCGCCGGCGCGCUGGUCAGCAGCCGGCCGAUCAAGUCGUACAUGGACCUCGACGCUCCAGAGGAGGACGACCUCUUCACGUAGACCGCCGCAUGAGGUGCCACCGACACGUGAAGUGUCGGCGGGAGAAGGCCAGUCCGCCCGGCGGCACCGCUUCGCGACCGCGCUGCACCGCGGGCACAGCGUCUCGCACGCUCCUAUCGGCGAGAGGCGCGACCUCUCACAAACAACACCUUUGUCUCUCCGACGUGGAAGAGAGAGAGAGAAACCAAAGUGCAAAGACGAGUUGAUAAGAUGUUGCAUCUUCCGGUGCGCGGCGCGCGCGGGCCUGGUUCGUGGUCAAUUUCAGUUUCAAACUGAGUUUCGAGCGCGCGAAUCAUGAAAAUUCUUGUUUGAUUCUCA